UCGCAAGAACAAGCGCGUAUUCUGAAACUCUAAGCACGAGGGACUCGUAAUGUCAGUUCUGUCCGGUAAUCAAACUUUUAAGGGAGAUGUCGUCUACUAUUUGCACAAACCGACAAAAAGCGCUUACAUUGGAUCAGUUGUGAUGUCAGGUGCUCAUUUGUCACGGAAUGAAACCGAAAGUGGUAAUGAUAAAUGUGAAAAGGAAAAUAUGAUCAAAGUAGAGUGGAGAACUUUCGGAUUUAAAUCUAGUUGCUCCCUACCGUUCAAUUUAAAAUCAGACGAAGUUCACUUUUUGGAUAGAAGUUAUAUGCCUGGGGAGGUCAUCCAAAGCUUGGAAACCAAUAUGAUUGGAACAGUUUCAAAUGUUUAUAUGACAGCUCAUGCAGAAAUACUAGACCACCAGAGGGUCAUGUUCGAUAUUCAGUGUGAUCAUCUAAGAAGUGUAUAUCCAUGGACCACACAUGUCGACGAAAACUAUGUGAUUUGGAAUAGUUGGCUUGGUCGAGUGUCAGAUUGUCGUCUUAUGGCAAUCAUCCGAUUUUUAGAUGGUGCACGACUUCUUGUUGGAGAUAAUUGCCUAGAAUGUUUUGAACCAUUUCUAUCAGCACCAGAUGAAUAUAUGAAUAAUAAUUACGAAGGUAUUUGGUUAAUUGGCGAUGCUUUGGAAUUAAGAUCUAGUACGAAUUCGUCAAAAUCCAGUAAAUUUGAUUUCCUCAGUUUACCUGUGGAUUCAUCCUCUGAUAAAUGUCGUAAUAUGGAUAAGUCAACAAACUUAGAAUCAACACCGCCGUCCAAUGUUUAUAGUAAUUUGCAUUCUGCCAAUGAAACAUUUCCACUUGGACAUCCUAUUAAAUUUCUUCAAGCACUUGCACAAUAUCCUGUCACUAAAACUUUCGCUCGUCAUCCUGAACAAAUUACAUGCCUUUUGAAACGUACGCCUAUUUUCCUAGUUGAAACGCCCUCUCAUAAUUCGGUUUGGCUUUCUCGAUUGAAAUCUAGCGUAGACGUUGUAUUCUGUGUAGAACAUUUUGCUCCUGUUGAAGCCACCGUCCAUUGGUUUGCGAAUCGGAGUUCACAGUCAGAUAAACCACCUCCACGUGUGAUUCACGGAUUGGAUCUAGGAAACUUGAAAUCUGUCGUUUCGAACUCUUUUAUUAAUUGUCAAGUAGGUGAUAUUUGGUACUACAAACUACAAGAAUCUGAUAAAAUUUAUGAUAUGAGAAAUUUUACUCGACCUGAGCAAUUAUUAUAUAAAUGGUUCACAAAUGAUAUUUCUGGUCUUGGAGUAGGAUCUUCACUCCCACCUCCAUUGCAUGAUGACAAACAAAAGACAGAUCAAGACAGUUUGAAUGAAAAUUGUAUCGCUAGUAAAAGCAAAAUAAAAAAUCUAAUUCCCGAGUCUUCACCAGUCACAGAAUCGAAGAGUUCAGAAUCAUUGACGGAAGAAAAAAUGUCAAGCAAGACAACACCGUUCUGGGCGCAAGUAAAUCUAUUUGCUUCACGACGUCGUCGUAGGCGAGUAACUAUAGGUCCACGACAUCGUAUUCUUCGUACAGAUAUAUUUCUUUGGGCUAACAGAUUUCACAGAUCAACACCAUCUUUUACACCGUACAUUGAUAUUAGUGCUGAUAUCUCUGAUCAUGAUGAUGGUACUGACAAUGAUAAAAACGAUACACUAAGACGCACAAAGCAUCAAUCACAAACACAAGACCAAAAGGACCAACAAAUUGAACAUAUCAAAGAGAACAAUCAUCAAGUGGUAAAUUUAACUUGUAAACGUAUUUCUUGUGAUAAUUCAAAGCUUGUUAAUAAGUCAGUUUUAAGUCAUGUGGAAAACAUCACAAAAAUUGAUUUGUCUUUGAAAUCUUUACCAACUACAGUAAAAUCAGGUGUAGACUCAGCAUCAUCAUCACCACCACCACUGAUGACAGUAACUGUAACUUCCAGUACUACUGGUGCUGCUGCUGCUACACCCACAACAACAACAACAACAACUGCUACUACAACUACUACUACAACUACUACUACUACUGCUGCUGCUACUACUGCUACUAGUACUACUACUAUUACUACUACUUCUACAACUGUAGUGACUGAUGCUAACAAUAAUACUACAAAUAAAAAUCCUAUUCUAUCUCUGGUCGAUAUUUCAUUCGAUGAUUCAGUGAACAAAUCCACAACAAAUAUGAGUUUACCAUCAAGUCAAAUAACUACUGUUGAUGAUGAUCAUAAUGAUAAUGAUAUUAAUGGUAAUCACAAUGAUGACGAUUAUUUAGAAGAAAAAAAGGAACGCAACUGUAAAAAAACAAAAUUAUCAAAACAUUCAAAGCGCCUUUGUGGUAUUCGUCGACAAGCAGAAUAUAUUCAAGAGGAACGCGCGAUUCAUUUAAGAACUGGUGAUUGGGUACCUGUACGAAUAUAUGCAACCAAAUCAGUGUAUGAUAUAAAAUGGAUUGAUGGAUCUGUGUCGAAAGGUGUUACUUCUGAUAAGAUUUUAUCAUUUGGUGGACACAUAGAACAUUAUUUAUUUCCUGGAUUUUUGGUUUCUUUAAAAAGUGAUAAAAAUUGUCGUUCACAACCUAUCCCACUGAAUUCAGCCAUGAACGAUCCAUCUUCACCGAUAGUGACAGAAACAAGUGAGAAACUAGACAUUUCUCCAUCUUCUACAAUCGAAUUGUCUUGUGACCACCCUAGGGAUCUUGGUGUAGCUCUUGCUUACAAUACGAAGGAUCGAACUUGUCUUGUUCAGUGGUUCAAAACAGGGAACUCCAAAACUGGUUCCAUGCCAAUGAUUCCUAUUGGUUCUCCGGAAGAAAUUGGUGUCUAUGAAAUCUCUGGAUCUGGAGAAUAUCAAAUGAAUUAUGGUGAUACUAUUCUCAUCAAGUCUGCCAGUGAAACUGACUAUUCAACUUAUCCUGCUGGUAUUUUAGAAGAUAUUAUUCCGGAAUCAGGUAAACUAGUAAUUCGUUGGAUUGAUGGGACUUCAAGUGAAGUUUAUCGUACUGAUUGUCUACAAGCAAUUGAGGCUGAUGAUGAUUCUACAGAUGAUGAAGAUUCAUUCGACUCAGAUAUUAGCGAUUCAGAUGAUGAAAAAAAUGAAAAGUGGGAUACAUAUUCAACUUCUUCGGAAUCUUCAUCUUGUUCACAGUUUUCUUCUACUUCUGGUUCCUGCUCUUCAUCGAAAUCAUCUGACAAUAGCAGUGAUAAUGAUAACAUUUCUGUACAAAUAACCCAACCAACAUUUGAAGAUGAUUUACGACCUGUUGGAACUAAACUUUUUCUUGCCAGUGAACAUGUUAAAUCUGCGCACAGACUAUUUUCUGAUCGAUUUACAUUUGUUUUAUGGUUAAUGCGGUGUUUCGUCACAGUUUCUGGCAUUGCAGAUGAUAUCCUUGAACAGGUUUACUCAGCACUUCGUAAUGCAGCCUUAAUAGAUCCUACAGAAUUAAAUAAUAUUAGAUUGGAUGAUUCUACUUCAUUAAAAACGUCUUAUACUGAAGGUUCGACUAGUGAAAAACCUUUACUGACAAGGACGGAAAAUGCAUGGAGAUAUGCUGAUGAGGUUGAAGCUAUAUCAUGUGUAGAAAUGCUUACCAAUGGACGAUCAUUACUCUAUGAAGCAUUCCGGUUGAUUAGGGAUUACAGAAUUAGGAAAAUGUGGCACUUGUGUGAUUUUCGUUCGAAUUUAUUCGAAAAACAUAUUGGCGCUAUUCUAAGUUUAUUUGAAUCUUUUCCAUUAUCCACUCAUGAACAAGCGAAACUAUUUAAUCCAGUCGAUUUGGCUUCAUUUAAUAAUGAUCUCAACGGCCUGAAUAAACCAUUGGAUACAGUACAUGUAAUAAAGAGUAGCCCUGACAAGCAAACUUCUGAGUCUGACCAACAGACUCUUUCAAGUGAUUCCAUUUCUAAUGUUUCUGAAGUACCAAGCAGAAAUGAAACAAUUCAUUUCUUGUUACGUCCUCACAGAAGAGGAUCAAAAGUUGAGGGCUUGCGUAGUAACUAUACCAUAAUGAUAAGUAAUGAGAUAAUCAUUAAGUUGGCCAAAUUUAUACAUGAUCUACAAAAGGAUAUUCUAGAACAACUGGUCGAUUUGAAUAAUCAGAUUAUAGCAUGGCUUCAUGAAUGUGCUGCACAAUAUAUACGAAAAUUUGAUAUCAAUGAUCUAUUAAUAAACAAUAAUGACGUUGUUGUUCAUCAUCGGUAUGCAAUAGACUCUGAUAAAUGUACCAUUGAACCUGAGUUAAUUAACGAUGUUCAUGCCAAUAACUCGGAAGUAAAUGUAGAGUUAGCAAGUAAAUUGAAUGCUGUUGCUAGUCUACACAGUGAAGUGAUUCCAGAUGACUCCCCUAAUGAAAAUAUUCCAACUUCAACUGCAGAAAAAGUCAAGUUGACGAGUUUAUCUUCGGAAACUGAAAAUAUGUCAACUGAAGCAUCUUCUGCUAAUUUUUCAAUAAAAUCUAUCCUGUCUGAUCCAACUGUAGAGUCACUUCCGGUCGAACAACGAGGCCAGUUCAUAAUGGAACCCAAUGCUCCUUCUAAUCAUCGAUUUUAUAAAUCAAGUCAGAAAACGCUGCCAAAAGCAUUCCAUAAGGCUUUACGACGUGAUAUCUCGCUACUAUCCACUAUUCUUCCAAAUGGUAUGAUCAUUAAAGGAUUUGACGAUCGCAUAGAUCUUUAUUCAAUUAUGAUUGUCGGCGCAUCUGGUACACCGUAUGAACAUUGUUUAUUCUUUUUCGAUAUUGGUUUACCAUCAAGUUAUCCUACAACCCCACCACAGGUAUAUUAUUACAGUUUUGGUAAUGAAAAAGUCAAUCCGAAUUUGUAUGUCGAUGGGCAUAUUUGUCUUUCUUUACUGGGCACAUGGAGUGGUCAGGGUAGUGAAAACUGGAGUGCUGAAACAUCCAAUUUAUUACAACUAGCUAUUUCAAUCCAAGGUUUGAUUCUUAACUCGGAACCAUAUUUUAAUGAAGCCGGUUAUGAAGAACGACGUACUGAUCCAAUCUAUCAAGAGCAAAGUCGUAUUUAUAAUGAGGCUGUGAUAGCAUUAAAUCUCCAAUCAAUGAUAAGUAUUGUGCAAAAUCCUUUUCCUAUUUUCCGUAAUGAAAUUAUCAAACAUUGUGCAACUAAAUGUAAAGAAUACCUAUGUUUAUUGGAAUAUUGGGCCUCAUUGGAUUCCGUAGAAUAUGAACGUAUUAAAGCGAUCGACCAGUUGUCAAAUUCAUCUCCACCUAGAGAACAGCUACUUUUGCCUGAAUUUCCAUUGCCACCAGUUUCAAAAGGUUUCCAAUUAUCUAUUAGACGGCAUUCAGCUGUAUUAUCAAAUCUAGUAAAAUCGUUCUUAGAUUUGAAUGAUAGUACUACCACAGAUUAGUGAACUUUAACGUAAUCACAUUUUAUGUUUUGUUUACGGUUUUAUUCGUAAUCAGGAAAUAUUUAUACGGUUAACUACUUUAUCGUCUCAGAUUUACUUUAUUUACAUAAGUUGUCUCUGUGGCAUUGUGUGUGUGUGUGUGUGCUUAAUUAGCCACAUUAGAAGAUUUUUUGAAACUUCUUUGGUGCUUCUCUGCGUUUAUAUAUAUUCAUAAUAAGGUGCAGUUGUACCAUGUAUAUAUUAUAAUGAGAUUUGACAAGAUCGUGUGUACAUGGUAUAUCACUUACUUUCAGUUUCGCUAUUGAGCGUGUAAUUAUUAAUUUCGUUAUUCCCUGCUUUGCUAUCAGCCGCCAUCCACACUUUGUAUUGAUCAGUGUUCCACUAUUCUUCUACUCUUCUCUGUUUUGUUAUGUACUCAUAUUUAUGAAGAUUAAUUGUUUUUAAAAAUUCAGUUCUAAUUUGUUAAUUACAGCAACAACAAAUUAUUAUUUAUUUCUAUCUGUUCGAUGUCAUUUUGCGUCUGCGGUUUUCGGGCACAUUUCCCUUGCAGUGAUUUAUUGUAACGUAGCAUUAUAGAUAUACACAUAUUUUUAAAAA